CCCAAAUCAAAUGACCCAAGUUCCGUGGCCGUACAUAGCAAAAACACCUUCGCUCAGCCAUUGUUCUGUCCUGUUUUCUUCUUCAUUUUUUUCUUCCUAUCGUCGGCUGCCGUCCCAUCUGACUCUACUCUUCUGUCGGCGUGUUUUUAGUUAAAGGCAUCAUCGGGCUUGAAAUAAAAUCAGGACUUCUGAGCUAAUUAUCAUUGCCAAUCCGAUGAAGCAUGUUUUGAAGAUUUUCUCUCUGCUGCUGGUCAUCUCUGCACUUUGGAUUGGCCUCUUGCAGGCAUCCAUAUUGCCACAAAGCCAUACCUGGUUGCUACCUAUCUAUUUUAUUGUGUCACUUGGAUGCUAUGGUUUAUUAAUGGUUGGAGUUGGUCUAAUGAGAUUCCCAACUUGCCCUCAAGAAGCAUUGUUGCUGCAGCAGGACAUUGCUGAGGCCAAGGGCUUUCUGAAGCAAAGCGGGGUUGAUGUUGGUUGUAAGUGAUGGUUGCUUUGUAAUGUCUCUUCUUGGACCCAAGUCAGAACAAAUUGCUGCUAGCUUUGUCAAUGGACCAGAGAGGAAAAUUACAGAUUGGGAACAAACUUCAAAGUAUACAUACCUUUCAUAGAAGAAUUAUAAUUGUAUUGAGAAAUAUUUUGGGGUUUAUCAUAGUUGUUGAGUAAU